AGCAAUAAAAUUUAACUAGAAAAAAAAAUACUCAACCUUUGAUCAUUGGUCAUUGCUUUGCUUUGACUUUUCCAUAUACCGGCAGCUAUCCUCCGCCACCCUUUGAUAAAAGAAAAAGGGCUCAAAUAAUUUUAACAAAAGGUGGUAAAAAGAUAAAUAGAUGCAUGAGCCACCGCCGCCGCCGCCGCCGCCACCAUCACCACCACCACCAACUUGUUAAAACACUCUCCUUCAUUCUUUUCUUCCUUCAUCAUCUUUCCCUUUAGAAACAAAACACUGAAUAUUUUAUUUAACCCCCUUUCUUUUUCUUUCUAUUUUUACCUGAUUUUUUUUUUUCGCUUUAACCUUAAAAAAAGAACCUGUCUUUCUAUCCCUUUGCUCUCAUCGGUUUCUCGGUGUCUUUGUGUCAGCUACUACCUUUUUUUCUUUCUCUUUCUCAGGUACCAAACAGCUGAAAAAAAAAUGGCUAUUUAUGAUUUUAUCUUCUUCUUUGUAAUGGGCGAUGGUUUUUGAAGUUCCUGGGCAUGGAAUCAUCUUCAUUUUUCUGCUUUGAUGGGUUUAGGCCUUUUGGCUUUCUGGGUUUUCCUUUUCUUUUUAUUUAUUUGUUUUUUUGUGUGUGUGUGUGUUUUUUUACUGUCUCUGCUUCCAUGGAAGGUGGUAGGUUGGUGGGGUUGACUUAUUUUCCACAGAGAGAAAAUUGGGAUUUUUUUUUCUUAGGCGGACUUAUUAGACUUUCAAAUGAUGGAUGUUUUGGCUUUUGAUUAAUUUAUCUUAUCUUUUAUUUUAUACAUUAAAAGAAAUUACUGCAUAGUCACCUUGCUCCCUUAUCCGGAGCCUGGUGAACUUUGAGAACUGACUCACUGAGUACACUGAGAAACAUUUGCAUUGGAGCACAUGUAUAAGGAUUAAUGCAAAGGACGACCGAUUAAACCGUUGUUCAUUGAUUAAAACCGGUUGCGAACAUGGUGAGCUUACGGAGACGGAAGCUUCUUGGACUCUGCUCUGGGAAGAGUUCGUUUCUCAGUCCACUUUCUAGAUUCUUUUGUAACGGAAAUCCACCGGAAAGUUCGAGUCAGAAUGCAAAAUCAAUCAGUGUGCAUCCCAUGCCCUCAGAUUCCGUCAACCAUAUUCAUGGGAAAAGCAUUGUUAAGGUUGACUCUGGAUCACCAAAUGUUUCUGGUUCAUCAAAAGAGCCUCAUUAUCAACCUUUUUCAGGACAAACGAUUAAGCGGAGGAAAAGGCAUAGGAGGAAGCAUGUUCAAAACCAAGAACCGUGUCUCAUGAGGGGUGUAUACUUCAAAAAUUUGAAAUGGCAGGCUGCAAUAAAAGUUGACAAGAAGCAGAUUCACUUAGGGACUGUUGGUUCGCAAGAAGAAGCUGCUCGUUUAUAUGAUAGGGCUGCAUUCAUGUGCGGAAGGGAACCAAACUUUGAGCUUCCUGAGGAGGAAAAGCAAGAGCUUAGUAGAUUCAAGUGGGAUGAGUUCUUGGCAUACACUCGUCGUUCGAUUACCAACAAAAAAUACAAGCAAAGACUCGGGGUCGAACCCCAGAAGAGAUCCGAACCUGUAAUAGAGAACAGCGACCUGGACAGCAAACGAGGAGCCGAUAGCUCCUCGGCUUCAGAAGAGGUAGGGCCAGAUACUUCAGCUUCAUGAAGAAAAAAAAGAUGAAUGGUUUGUGAGGCUGAAUAAUCUGAGUUUUUAAGGUAAUUUAAUUGAAUCCUAGUUGAAAGGUCUCCAUUUUUUAGUGCAUUAAAGGCUUCUAUUAGAGCCAAUCAAUAUAUAUAUAGAUAGAUAGAUAGAUAGAUCUCAUUAUCUAUAGUGCUUUAGCCCUUGUAAUAAGUGGUAAAAAAUAUUAUGUUAAGAUUGAUGAAAGCCAUGCAAAUGCUAAGAUUUGCUUUAAUUUUAGUUUUUUAAACCCCCAAAA